CAAAUUGGAUAAUCGGAGAGUCGGCGGUUCAAAGGUCGAAUUGAAGUUGGUUCCGGAGCAGCUGGGGGUCACACAGAGGGGGAGUGAAACCUAAAAGAUUUCAAAAUGCUGUUACGUAGGGUAUUGCACAUCGGAGGGUUAACAAUGAAACACAGCAGAUCCAUCCACCACAGUCCUGUAUGGAGGAGUCCUCUUAUACCUAUAGUUGUGGAGCAGACAGGGAGAGGAGAACGAGCAUAUGACAUCUACUCUCGCCUCCUGAGGGAGAGAAUCAUUUGUGUAAUGGGACCUAUUGAUGAUUCUGUAGCCAGUCUGGUUAUUGCCCAGCUGCUCUUCCUACAAUCAGAAAGCAACAACAAACCCAUCCACAUGUACAUCAACAGUCCUGGCGGUGUCGUGACAGCAGGUCUGGCCAUUUACGACACCAUGCAGUACAUCCUUAAUCCCAUCUCCACCUGGUGUGUUGGCCAGGCAGCCAGCAUGGGGAGCUUGCUCCUGGCAGCAGGAACAACAGGGAUGAGGCAUUCACUGCCCAACGCCCGCAUCAUGGUUCACCAGCCUUCAGGAGGCGCCAGGGGUCAGGCCACAGAUAUCGCCAUCCAGGCUGAGGAGAUCCUGAAACUGAAGAGACAGAUCAAUAACAUCUAUUCCAAACACACGGGGCAGCCACUGGAAACCAUUGAGAGUGUGAUGGAAAGGGAUCGCUACAUGAGUCCCAUGGAGGCACAGGACUUCGGUCUCAUAGACCGGGUCCUGGUCCACCCACCCCAGGCAGGCCAGGAUGAGCCUGAGCUGGUGCAGAAAGACCCAGCAGCAGCCGCAGCCAGUUCCUCUCCAACUCCAGAGUCUCCAGGCCCUGAGCAGGCAUCCCCAGGGACAAAUCCCCCCUCUUCAUACAAACCCGAGCCAUGAACCCACCAUAGCAGAGCUGUCUGAGUUCUGCAAGCACUUCUUCAUGAUUCAGUGCCUGACAGUGCCUGACAGUUCCUGAGAGCAAGGCCCAUCCUCCGUGGUGGGUUUCUCUUGUCUUAAGUAGCUUCUUUCUUCCCCCUACAGUAACAACACUAUGCAGACUACACGUGUGCAGGCACAAUGCUGGCUUCAUGCACAGUCAUCAGAAAGUAACAUCUUUACAUUCAGUGAAUAAUUAAAAACUAAACUGUACUGGAUACAGUUUCAUUUUUAAUUAUUUGUGAGAUGUUUAUACCUGCAGUCUAUGAAAUAAAUGACAGUGAAAUUUUACAUGACUGUAAAAACCAGCAAUAAUCCGUAAUUUAUUUUUUGACUCUACACGCAAAUUGUUCAUUACUCAAUCCUGUGGGAGAGUAUUGUAUUUCAGUUGAGUUGUUCUUAAUUCUUGCAGAGCGGAAGCUAAAGGAGAUACUCUACUUUACACAGGUUUUUUGGGGGAAAAGGAAGCCAUCUUGUUCUAUACCUCCCUGCUGCAGAAAUGUCCACUGAAGAGUGCAGAGGACCUUGUAUUACCUGUUUGAAUAUUCAUAUUUGUAAUAAAUAUGA